AAAUCAAACAGGGCUUCGAGAGAGAGAGGACGAGGGAGAGUGAGAUUUCUCAUUCUCUCUGAAACCCUAGAAUCAAUGUCGUCACCAUCGCCAUAGCCAUCGCCAUCGCCAUCGCCACCGCCACCGCCAUUGUAGCCGUCAUUGUCUCCUUCGUCAGCACAUCACCAGUGGAGUUUAUAAAUGGAGGAUGAAGUGAUCGUGGAGCCUCUCUUCUGCUUCUGCAUCGUCUUUCAGGGUUCUUCCACUGGUUCUGCUUUUGCUCCGGUGGCUUGAAGCACUUAGAGCGUGGUUUCGGUGCGAACGCGGUGGCAUUGGCUGAGGAGAUCUGGAAGGCAAGCGAGCGGGAGUCUCUGGAAGCUUCGAUUGAAGCUGCUUUUGAAGCUAUCAGAUCUCGUGGAACUGAUUUUCAUGUCAUUCCAAGUCAUUGCGAUUGUUAUUUCUGCACCUUUUCUAUGGAUUUCAUGAACUGAAUUGCAGAGAAAGCAAGAAUUGCCUCAACUCAAGCUUCUCACGACUUCCAAAGUGAACGAUAACCGAAUAAUCACACAACUGAUGCUCUCAUUGUGGAUUUAGGAUCAGCAUCUGCUACAAUUAAUGAUAACAAGAAAGUUUCACGCCAAGACAUUGAGCUUGUUAAUCUCCUAUUUCAGAGCUUGGAGAAAUUAUCAUUUGAUAUGAGAGGCGUCAAGUUGACUUGGGAACUAAAGUCUCGAAAACUUGAAUUUAAAGAGUCAAAGGAAAGGGUUGAAGAGGUGCUAUUUGAGGAAAAACCUAAGGCCGAUUGUGUUCAACUCCUACCCCAUCCUUGAUAAUAUCCAAACAUUGAAAAAAAUGAAGAUACUUCCUGUCAAUGAUUUGGAUAUUGCAUUACACAAUUUUGCGAACAAGGAUGACAAAAAUGCAUUUUAUGUGUGUGUACAAAGCAAUAUUAACGAAACAAGAAACAAAAUUGCUAAGGAUUCAAAUACCAUGAAGUUCGAUGAGGAAGAUUUAAUUGUUAAAGUUGGAAAGUUCUUAGAGGAACGUGUCAAACAAAGAGGUAGGAAAGGGUCCUCUAAUGCUUCUCAAAAUCCAACAAGAGGGAGGGGCAGAGGCAGAGGCAGAGGCAGAGGUUCUAGCACGAUGAAACAGACAACUCUUGAUGGAGCAUUUCGCUCAUCUCAAAGAACUUUAACAAGACUGCCCGAGAACUCAUUACGCAAUUACAGAAGAUUGAUAGUGACAAUUAUCCUGAAUUUAUACUCAAUUUGGUAUGAUGACUUAGAUUUGAAAAUCUCAGAUAAUUCUCAGCGGUGAAACAUGGGGCACAAGGCAGAUAGUUAAGGUUUUGAACAGUGAAGGGAAGGUUAUUGCAUAUGCUAAACCAUGAUUCUCAAUGGUAAUUAACAGUUUAGUAUCGCCUAAACUGAGUAGAGUGACAUUUUAAGUUUUUGUGUCUAUUUUCCCAUUUCAUACCAAUUUGAUUGAUGUAAUUUAUUAAUUUUAUAUUCAUUCCAUACUAAUUACUAAUUUCUUUAAAGUUAAAUAAUUUUUAGUUUGAUUGAUGUAAUUUGUUCAAUCAAUAA